UCGAAAUGAUGAGGAGCGGGUGGCUGCCGGUCGUGGGACAGCCCGAGUUCUCGGUGAUCACCGUGAACGUGUGGCGAUGACAAGUCUGAUUUUGGAGAACGCGGACCUGAACCGUCUCUUUCCGAAAUGUCGGCCUAAAUUGAGUUCGGGACUGAUUCCUGAAUUAACCAGCAAUCAUCAACAAGAGCAACAGUAUCAGAAGCAACAACAACAGCAUCAAAGCCACGAGCGCAAUUUAACUGCCGCUAUGAUUGACCUUGAGCGCGACACCUCGGACAGAUGCAGGAAGCGAGCUAACGGCCGGAAAAAGCCGAACUCAACGUCGCGUAGGCAGACAAGUUUCGCGGAUGUGGCCUCAACUACUGAUGGUCCCAUAAAACACGGACCGUCCUCGAGCUCCUCAUCCGCGUCUGGACGCAGCGAAGACGCCCAGCACUAUGGAAGUUUAACGGGUAGUGAUCAGCAAGGUCACUCCCAACAGGACGACAGUGGCCCCGAGGAGAGCCCCGUGUACAUUCUCACCUCGGCCAAAGGUGAUCGGAGUUACAAGUUGCGCGAUUCCAGAAUAAUUGAAAUAGCUGGUGGUAGAGAAGUUUUCUCACAAAGUCGUGGCAAAGUAGCUGCACGUAAACCACGGUUUCUUACAGCUUCUAAUUCAGUGAUUAAUGAUGGUAAUAAAUCGGACAAUAAGUUGUCCCUGAAAAAAAAUAAUAAGUCUCCUAAUAGACAAAGUAUUUGGGAAUUAAGAAGUCGAUGUGGAGAGACAAGGAAACAGCGAAUGCACCGUGAGAUAACAGAAACAGUAUUUUCAAGCGAAGUUCAUUCUGUACGCAGAAAUACUAGUAAGUCCAUUCUGGACUACGAUUCGCCAAAGACCAAUCAUGGUAGCCAUUUCACCAAUUAUGACAUGAUAUUAAAUAGCAACAAUGUAGACCACGAUGUAGCUGGGUCCAAAAGUAUCAUGGACAUUGAAUAUGGUUUGCCAAAAAACUGCAUAGAUCCUCUGGGCUAUCAAUCGUCCAACUACAACACGACACACCCCAACAACAUGGCAAUCGUCAGAGAUGGCGAAGUCGUCGUCUUCGACGAUAUCGACGACAACUGGCAGAAUUUGAGGCUCGAGUUUAAUUCUACAAAUACACCAACGACACACACCAUCGACGAGCAACUCAUUCUUCAGCAACAUCAUCACCAGCAACAGCACCAGAACCAAGGCAGAACUCCUCCAGAGCCACUUAGCUCAAGCCUCUGCAGUAGUCCUAGUCCAACGAGGACAUACCAUCGCACCACUUCCGAUUUUUUCAAGGUAAUAACAUCGGUGAGCGACUGCGAGACGAGUUUCCCGUCACCGGAUCUCAACCACAAGCCUACGCCGCGGAUAAUCGGCGAGCUGCCAAUCGCACAAUACUCGGGCAGCCCGAAGCGUUACGGGAUGCGAGACAACGUCCGGCUGCCGACGCUCCUCUCCUCGCCCUCGUCAAUCUACGUGCCAGCCCGCCCGGGCUUCCCCCAACGCGUACUCCCAGUUACGCCCAAUCAAAAAGAGGACGAAAACUGCGGCGAGAUAAAUGUGGAGAGCAAUGCUGUGAUAGAGCCGAGAGCGGUCGAUCAUCUAAAUGAUUCGCUGUCUGAGGUGAACGUGACGAGCCCAAUGAGUCCCUCGCCUCUAGCGACCGCGUCGAGUCUCAACUUCGCGACGACGGUAUCCGUGAGUCCAGUGGCGCUGAUGUUGACUCCACCCGGACGCAUUGUAACGAGUAACUUAAACUCGCCCAUGGGUUUAGUCGUUGAGCGGGAGAGGGAUGAAGAAGAGGAGGAAGAAGCGGUAGAAGUGGAGGAGGAACCUGUCAUCGAAAGGAGCAUCGAGGGUAGACUGGAUUCACUAGGGGGUAGCACUUUUGACUACCUCUACGAGUUUUCAGAAACAAGGAAAGUUCUCGAGGAGUUCUUCAAGUGUCCGACACCUGCCGAGGAAAAGGAAAAUAGCGAUGUGUUUGAAUUCCAGGAUCUUGAUUAUGAACUUCGGAGACAAGGUGGCAGUGCUUACGUCGGCCAAAGGUUAGCAUCCGUUCCUCCGUCAACGGAGGAGGUCAUGGUUCACGAAUCACCAAAGAAGCAUAAGAUAGAGAUCUCACAAUCACAACAUGAGAAUAACUUUUUGGACCUGUCGGUCGGCACUGGCAGUAGCGAGGGUCUGGGCGAAACUGAAGUUGGCCUGCAAGUUGGACACUCGCGGAAUUUUACUCUCAGUCCUGAGACAACUGAGUGUGAUAGUAACUGCGGUGAUCUUGACAGCGAAAUAUCCCUUAUGAUGAUGGACAAUGAACUCUUACCAGGCAGUGGCCUCCUCGGAUCCAUCGGUGACCUUGGCAAUAACAGUGAUUCUCUCAGGUUAUACACGAGCAUGCCCGUAUUGGAGGAUGGUUUAUCAAGUGGUCACGCGAGCGACACAGAUAACAAUAACCCCACGGUUAUGCUAAUGAAAAGACAAAUUAAUGAAAUCGAGAAAGAAAUUAUACAAAGGACAAGGAAUGACAUUAUAGGAAAUGAUAACAAUGAUAAUGCCAAGGACGUUAAUUUUAGGCUUCAAAAUGUAUUUGAAAUUCAAUCCUACCACGUCUUUAUCCAUAAUAAGUUCAUAAUGUUUUUCAAUCUAGCAUCCCCGGAGUUAUUCAUCACCAAAAAUGACAAUACAUAUGAUAUGACGAGUGAGCUACAGCUGGAUGGACUGGAUCUUCUCGGGACGCCACCACCCCCCGCCCCACAGAGUCGUCAGAGUGUUGGUCUUGAGCAAGGAGGAGGUGAGGUUGAGGCAGCGAUUAAGGACAUUAGGAUGGCGCUCCAGCGAACGAAAACGUUGCCAGUGAAGUCGCCGGCCGAGGAGCUGCCCGAGCCAAGUGUUAGUCCAAUCUGGAUACCAAGGCGGAGAAUCUGCACAGAAAGCAACAGUGAAGAUUCAGAGCUGAAGCGCAACAUUGACGAUGAGGAAUUGGAAACCGAAGAGGCUGCUGAUGAGGAAGCGGACACCGACCUUGAAACAGAUCGACUACUCGGUCAGCAACGAACAGAUGAUCAAGGCUUUUACGACGAUAAGGGCUGGCGCAAGCCAAAGACGAGGACAGUCCUGCCCACGUCGAUGUCUAGCGAUCGCGGAAAAUUGUCGACGACAAAACCAACGACGCCGGCUAAGCCGACGUCCCUCGCGUUGAGCCACGAACUCCUAGCAGAGUCGCUACCUUCUACUUCGACCUCACCCCCGCCCCCGCCUUCGUCGCUGUCCACAGUAAAUGCCGUAUCGACGACGACGGCGGCAGUGAUGGUCGGGACAGAUCUCGACCUUGGCAACCCUGAUCAUCAAUUUGAGCAUCAAAUAGGGCGAGUCGACAGCCCAAAACCCAGCAGCAUCAACGCCCCGACCUCCCCACCGACUAAAAAUUCCCCCACAUCUCCCCACAGUCUCAAGGAACCUGUAUGUAAGGUGAAAAAGGUGCACCUUCAUCGACCGACACACACCUACACGCCAGCGCUAAUUAUGGAUAAAGAGGGAAAAAAGAAGAAUAGAAAUAAAGAAGUCCUCCUCGAUGAUCCGACAGUCCUUAUUGAGGGAGUAUUGUUUCGAGCGAGGUAUCUUGGCUCCACGCAGCUCGCUUGCGAGGGCCAGCCGACCAAAUCUACGAGAAUGUGCCAGGCGGAAGAGGCGGUCUCCCGAAUAAAGGCACCGGAUGGCGAGUCUCAACCGAGCACAGAGGUUGACCUCUUUAUCUCAACAGAAAAGAUUAUGGUAUUGAACACGGAUUUGAAAGAAAUCAUGAUGGACCAUGCAUUGCGCACCAUAUCCUAUAUAGCGGACAUUGGCGACUUGGUGGUACUGAUGGCCCGCAGACGAUUUGUGCCCCAUGAAAUAGACGAAGCACCGAAAAAUCGCACUCCGAAGAUGAUAUGCCAUGUAUUCGAAAGCGAAGAGGCACAGUUCAUUGCUCAAAGCAUAGGACAAGCCUUCCAAGUCGCCUAUAUGGAAUUUCUGAAGGCCAACGGUAUCGAGGACCAUAGCUUCGUUAAGGAAAUGGAUUACCAGGAGGUUCUCAAUUCACAAGAAAUCUUCGGUGAUGAGCUGCAGAUGUUCGCCAAAAAGGAGAUGCAAAAAGAGGUGGUAGUACCCAAAUCAAAGGGCGAGAUCCUCGGCGUAGUGAUCGUGGAGUCCGGAUGGGGCUCAAUGCUGCCAACGGUGGUAAUAGCGAAUCUAGCACCAGCAGGUGCGGCGGCACGAUGUGGUCAGCUAAAUAUCGGCGAUCAGAUAAUAGCGAUAAAUGGCGUCUCGUUGGUCGGUCUACCACUCUCCACUUGUCAGACUUACAUCAAGAAUUCGAAGAACCAGACUGUGGUGAAACUAACGGUUGUCCCUUGCGCACCCGUCGUCGAGGUAAAAAUCAAGAGGCCUGAUACCAAAUACCAGCUUGGCUUCAGCGUGCAAAACGGUGUAAUUUGUAGUUUAUUAAGAGGCGGAAUCGCCGAAAGGGGUGGCGUACGUGUCGGACAUCGAAUCAUCGAGAUCAACAAUCAAAGCGUUGUUGCCGUACCACACGAGAAGAUUGUUAAUCUAUUAGCUACAUCCGUAGGGGAGAUUCUUAUGAAGACUAUGCCAACGUCAAUGUUUAGGCUGUUAACCGGUCAAGAAUCACCAGUGUACAUAUAAAUAAUACGUUCGGUAGAGCUUUGACCGUUAUAUUGACAGUGAUUAGACAAUACCACGAGCGCUACACUACCAAAAGCAAUUAACCUAAUCAUCGGACUCGCUGUACGCACGAAGUGUAUUAUGAAACAAAAAUAUAUAAAGGUGCGAUUCUACAUAAUUUAAAAAAUAUAAUUUUCGCGAUCCACUGUGUGGACUUGCGAAGUGCAACAGAGCAAUUUUCAACUAGGCAUUAUUAUUAUUACUAUUAUUAUAAUAUAAAAUAGUUGAUCGAGUACU